UGGGUGGCGGCCUACUUAGGCGGCUUUGCUGUUCGCGGGCCAGGCGCGGCCAUGGCGCAGCCUGGGAAGAUACUCAAGGAGCAAAAGUACGACCGGCAGCUGAGAUUGUGGGGUGACCAUGGACAAGAAGCUUUGGAAUCUGCUCAUGUGUGCUUAAUAAAUGCAACAGCUACAGGAACUGAAAUCCUUAAAAACUUGGUACUGCCAGGUAUUGGAUCAUUUACAAUUAUCGAUGGAAAUCAGGUCAGCGGAGAAGAUGCUGGAAACAAUUUUUUCCUUCAGAAAAGCAGUAUUGGCAAGAACCGAGCUCAAGCUGCCAUGGAAUUCUUACAAGAACUAAAUAGCGAUGUCUCUGGAAGUUUUGUGGAAGAGAGUCCAGAAAACCUUCUAGACAAUGAUCCUUCAUUUUUCUGUAGGUUUACCAUUGUGGUUGCAACUCAGCUUCUUGAAAGUACGUUACUGCGUUUAGCUGAUGUUCUCUGGAAUUCCCAGAUCCCUCUUUUGAUCUGUAGGACAUAUGGACUAGUUGGUUAUAUGAGGAUUAUUGUAAAAGAACACCCAGUAAUAGAAUCUCAUCCAGAUAAUGCACUGGAGGAUCUACGACUAGAUAAGCCAUUUCCUGAACUGAGAGAACAUUUUCAGUCUUAUGACUUGGACCAUAUGGAAAAAAAGGACCAUAGCCAUACUCCAUGGAUUGUGAUCAUAGCUAAAUAUUUAGCACAGUGGUAUAAUGAAACAAAUGGACGAAUUCCUAAAAGCUAUAAAGAAAAAGAGGACUUCAGAGAUUUGAUAAGACAAGGGAUUUUAAAGAAUGAGAAUGGAGCGCCAGAAGACGAAGAGAAUUUUGAAGAAGCCAUCAAAAAUGUGAACACAGCACUAAAUACAACUCAGAUCCCGAGCAGUAUUGAAGAUAUAUUUAAUGAUGAUCGAUGCAUAAAUAUCACCAAACAGACGCCACCUUUUUGGAUUCUAGCUCGUGCCUUAAAGGAAUUUGUGGCCAAGGAGGGUCAAGGAAAUUUACCUGUUCGAGGCACAAUUCCUGAUAUGAUUGCAGAUUCAAACAAAUACAUAAAACUGCAGAAUGCACCAGAGUCCAUUUCAGAGAAAGAAUUAAAAUUGCUUUGCAGCAAUUCUGCCUUUCUCCGAGUGGUAAGGUGUCGCUCUUUAGCUGAAGAGUACGGUUUGGAUACAGUCAACAGAGAUGAGAUUAUUUCUAGCAUGGACAAUCCAGAUAAUGAGAUAGUCCUGUACCUGAUGUUGCGGGCUGUUGAGCGAUUUCAUAAACAGCAUGGCAGAUACCCAGGAGUGUCUAACUAUCAAGUUGAAGAAGAUAUAGGAAAGUUGAAGUCCUGUCUUACUGGCUUCCUUCAGGAAUAUGGGUUGUCUGUAAUGGUGAAAGACGAUUAUGUUCAUGAAUUUUGCCGAUACGGAGCUGCUGAGCCACACACCAUUGCUGCGUUCCUGGGAGGAGCUGCUGCUCAAGAAGUUAUCAAAAUAAUCACCAAGCAAUUUGUAAUUUUUAAUAAUACUUAUAUUUAUAGUGGUAUGUCACAAACUUCUGCAACUUUCCAGUUGUAGAAUGAGCACUGUGUGUAAUAUGUUAAUGGUUGAAACUGUAAUUGUCUUCAUAUUGUGCUUUAGUUUGUAAAAAUCUGUUAAAGGACAGAAGUUAAAUUCUUCCCUUAAUAAAAGUUUUUCUCAU